AUGAGUUCAUCUAAUAACAACAAUAACAACAACACUCCUGCUAGAGUGUCAAGUAGAAAGGGAAAGAAUUUGCACGUCGCUCACAGACGUUCCCCUUCAGAAUUGACCAAUUUGAUGGUUGAGCAAUAUAAUUUGCAACGUCAAUUGGAACAAGUCCAAGCACAACAAAAACUUUUGGAGGAACAACAAAAGCAACAACAACAACAAUUUGUUUACCCACCUCCUCAACAAGGUCAAGGUGAAUUGUUACCACCACCAUCAUCACCAGGAUUUGGUGGUAACAAUCGUGGAUCCCAUUCCAGAUCAUCAUCAAUUAAUUCACAUAGACGUACUGGAUCCGGUGGUGCCAAUACUGCUCAUGGUCACUCAAGAAGACACUCUUUGGGCUUAAAUGAAGCUAUCAAAGCAGCUGCAAACCAAAGACAAAAUAAUAGAACAUCUACUUUAAGUCCAAGUGUUCCAAAUGAAUCGAAGAUUGAUUCCAAUGAUGCUAUUGGUAGUUUUAAGUUUCCACCAAGCAGCAACAGUGAUGACGCACCAGCAAGCCCAGAGCCAACUUCCCAUAACCGUUCAAGAUCUUUGGCAUAUGGUCAACAACCAUUUAAAUUUCCGCCAACCCCAGAUCAAUCGAACGAAUCGAGAGGGAACAGUUUAUUACCUCCAAAUCCUAAUUUCACUGUUACUCAAUCUCCAGACAGGGGUCAUAACAGAAGAUCUUCACAUUUUAGGUCCAGAUCACGCGGUGGAGGCAGCAACGCCGAGGGCAUGAAUUCAAACUGGCGUGCUCAACAACAAUCACCUCAACAACAACAGCAGAACCACAACAGGCAAUCAUCCACAUUGGAACCACCACAAGCCGGGUUUGUACCAGGUCAUAAGCCACGUAACAGUUCCUAUGGAGGUGGCUCAUCAGUUUCUUCAUUGCUGCAUUUCCUCCCUUCCAAUGGUGGUUCCCAAAUUAGUUCACACCAACAAGGCGGUGGUGCCGGUGGCCCAAAUAUUGGUCUCAAUAGCAACAAUGGACGUAAGACACUUUUCGCUCCUUACUUGCCACAAUCAUCCUUACCAGAAUUAAUUAAUGAAGGUCGUUUGGUUACUGGUACUUUGAGAGUUAACAAGAAAAACAGAUCAGACGCCUAUGUCUCCACCGACGGUUUGUUGGAUGCUGAUAUUUUCAUUUGUGGUUCUAAAGAUCGUAAUCGUGCAUUAGAAGGAGAUUUAGUUGCUGUUGAAUUGUUGAUUGUUGAUGAAGUUUGGGAAUCCAAAAAGGAAAAAGAAGAAAAAAAGAGAAGAAAAGACAACACAUUAACCAACAGACCAUUGACUGAUGAUAUUCAUAAUGAUGCAACUUCCGCACCAACUACUGCCGAAGGAUCCACCACUGGCAACUCUAAAGGUGAUGGUGCUUCCAAUGAAGAAGAGAAUAACAAUGGCCUCGCAAGAAGAGGUUCAUUAAAACAGAGACCAACUAUGAAGAAGAAUGACGAUGUUGAAGUUGAAGGUCAAUCCUUGUUAUUGGUUGAAGAAGAAGAAAUUAAUGAUGAAGUCAAGCCACUCUACGCGGGUCAUGUUGUGGCUGUUGUGGAUAGAAUUCCAGGGCAAUUGUUUGCCGGUACUUUGGGUUUGUUGAGACCAGCACAAGCUGCCCAAGCCGCUAGAGAUAAGAAGAAUGGUAACGAAUCUUCUGUUCAAACUCCAAAAGCUCCAAAGAUUGUGUGGUUUAAACCAACUGAUAAGAAGGUUCCUUUGAUUGCCAUUCCAACUGAGCAAGCACCAAAGGAUUUUGUUGAAAACCACGAGAAAUAUGCCGAUCAAUUGUUUGUUGCCUCUAUCAAGAGAUGGCCAAUCACCUCCUUGCAUCCAUUUGGUACAUUGGUUAGCAAGUUAGGACCAAUUGAUUCUUCUGAAACCGAAAUUGACUCGAUCUUAAGAGACAACAACUUUUUAUGUGACGAAUACCCUGAUGAUAACGAUGAUGAAGCUACGAUUGCAGCAAAUAUUUAUGAUUUACCUUCAAUUGAACCAGAAUUUGAAAAUACUAAGAGAGCAGAAUACUUGAAUGACUACAUUAUUGCAUUUACACAAACUGGUGGAUUUGUUGAUCAUGCAUUGCAUGUCAAGAGAAUUUCGAAUACCAAGAUUGAGUUGGGAUUCCAUGUUGUGGAUAUUUCAUACUUUAUCAAACCUGGUUCUACUUUGGACCGUAAGUCCAAAAAGAGAUCCUCAUCAGUGUUCCUUCCUCAGAAAGUUGUCAACCUUUUCCCUAACCAAGUUAACAAAUUGGUAUCUUUUAAAGAGAACGAAAAGAAUUUAGCUAUCUCUGUUGUUUUUGAAAUUGAUACUAGUAAUUUUGAAGUUGAGGAUUUGUACAUUCAUGAAUCUAUUAUUGUUCCAAAACAAUUGGUUAGUUAUGAUUCAUUUGAUACUAUUUUACUGGGUAAAUCUGUGGAUAGUAUUUCUUCAGCCACUUCUGACUACAUAAAAACAUUUAGUUUGAUUGCUAAGGAAUUCCGUCGUCAUCGUUUAGCUAACCGUUCACUUGGAAUCAGUCCAAACUUGACUUUGUUAGAUCAAUUAGAUGAUGAAAAGGUUCGUUUGGAUUUGAAUGUAUUUAAGGAUUCAUUGGCAUUUGAUGUAAUUUCUGAAAUUUCCCAUAAGGUGAAUUCUGCUAUUGCUGCUAAGGUACACGCAGGUUUGGGUGACCAAGCCAUCUUGCGUCGUCAUCCAUUGCCAACUUUACAAAAAAUGGAAACAUUUGUUAGAAAAGCCACCAAUUUGGGAUUCAAGAUUGACACCACCACCUCAUCUACUUUACAAAACUCAAUCUUGAAAAUUGAGGAUCCAGUCAAGAGAAAGUGUGUUGAGACAUUGUUGUACAAGUGUAUGUCUAGAGGUAGAUACUAUGUCGCCGGUAAACAAGAUGCAGACAGUUAUGCACACUAUUACUUUAAUUUGCCAUUAUACACCCAUUUCAAUGCUCCAUUGAGACGUUAUGCCGAUUUGAUUGUGCAUAGACAAUUGAAGAUGGUUUUGAAUAAGGAAUCCGAAGAAAAAGAUUUGGAUUCUUUGAAGGCAAUUGCAGAUUACUGUAAUUUCAAGAAAGAUUGUGCAGCCAAUGCUCAAGAGCAAGCCAUUCACUUGUUGUUGUCUCAAACUAUUAAUGAAAUGAGUGAAAGUGCUGGUCAAUUGUUGUGCAUGGGUACUGUUGUUCAAGUUUAUGAAUCGUCAUUUGAUGUUUUCCUUCCAGAGUUUGGCGUUGAAAAGAGAGUUCACGGUGAUCAAUUGCCAUUAGUUAAAGCUGAAUUUGAUAAAGUUGACAGAAUAUUAGAGCUUUACUGGGAAAAGGGUGUGGAUUCUGCUACUUAUAUUCCACCGGAUGAAAAAUCAUCUUUGUCAUACAGAAACUCGAUCAAGAACAAGUACAGAACAUCUGCAUUACAAGCUGCUAAGAUUCAGAGUAAGAGUUCUUUAACUUCGAGUACCAUUGCAUCUGAUUCUAUUGCUGAGAAAUUAGCUAAAUUGAAUUUGGAUGCACCAAAAUUAACUGUUCCUCCAUUAAAAGGAAAUGAUGAAUUCAAAGAGGUUGACAAUAUUAAAGAUGAAACACAUUCCAUGCCAUCAUCACCAACUCAAUCUGAUAUUCCUAAGAACAUUAGAACCAGUUCCUCAUCUACUAUACAGGCCACCAGUGAUUCUAUUGGCUUAGCACCAUAUUUGCAAGAAUGUAUAACCAGAGUUGAAGGAGAUUCACAUAUUCAAGUAAUUAAGGAAUUGACCCAAGUUCCAGUAUUGUUGAGAGCUGAAAUUGGUAUGGCAUUACCAUGUUUAACAGUCAGAGUAUUGAAUCCAUUUGCAGAGGAACAUUAA